CCGAAGAUUCUUCGACCUAUUCGUAUGCGCUACAACUGACAUUUCCGUAGGUUUACAUCGUUUUUUGAACAUUUUGGCCAAUGUCGAUGCAUUAUAUUUAAUCGCGUACAUUUCCCGAUAACAUUAGACGACUCAAAGCUCGUGUUUUAAGUACAUAAAACAGCUUCCUGAUGAACGGGCUUUCGUUCGGCGAGUUGUGUUGUCUUUUCUGCUGUCCGCCAUGUCCUUCGCGUAUAGCUGCCAAACUGGCCUUUCUGCCACCUGAACCGACGUAUUCCUUCGUUGCCGACGAAGCUGGAAGUAGACAUAGUUUACACCUGGCCGAUAGGGCAGAAUGGCAGUAUUCACAACGGGAAUUGGACGCUAUAGAGGUAUUCCAAACGCGGACAAAACGUGGGAACAGGAUAGGCUGUAUGUUCGUACGAUGUUCAACAAAUCCACGCUUUACUAUUUUAUUCAGCCACGGAAAUGCAGUCGAUAUCGGGCAGAUGAGUAGCUUUUACAUAGGCUUAGGAUCUCGUAUAAAUUGCAACAUCUUUAGCUACGACUACUCAGGUUAUGGCGUCAGUUCUGGUAAACCAUCCGAGAGGAACCUCUACUCUGACAUCGAUGCUGCAUGGCAGUCACUGCGCACUCGAUACGGAAUCAGUCCGGAGCAUAUCAUCAUCUACGGCCAGAGUAUAGGAACAGUACCGACUGUUGACCUGGCAUCCAGAUUCGAAUGUGCAGCAGUUAUACUACAUUCACCACUCAUGUCUGGUAUGAGAGUAGCCUUUCCUGACACCAAACGUACUUGGUGCUUUGAUGCUUUCCCCAGUAUAGAGAAGAUUGGCAAAGUAAUGUCACCAGUGCUGGUUAUACAUGGUACAGAAGAUGAGGUUAUAGAUUUUUCCCAUGGCUUAGCAAUCUAUGAAAGGUGUCCACGUGCCGUAGAGCCGCUAUGGGUAGAAGGUGCUGGACACAAUGACGUAGAGCUUUAUGGACAAUACCUGGAAAGACUUAAACAGUUUGUUUCACAUGAAUUACCCAUCACCGAUUGAUAAAUGGCCAAGAUAAUAUUAACUUAAUUAUUCAAGUAUUUGCUAGGUGACUUGUUUCACUUAGCUGUUUUUAUUUUAGAACUGUUUAGAAGAAGAAAAAAAUAUGUGCAAGUUUCAGUCAGUUUGAAUAAAUAAGAUUGUGUAAGGAUGGAGGGGAAUUGGGUUGGGUUGGGUUGGGUUGGAUUUGGAGGGGGUCCCCCAUAUAUUUAAUGUACUGUAAAAUCUGUAUUAGAAGCUGCAUCCCUUAUAGAAGCCACACCCAUUCUUUUUCAACAAUUGAGAACUGAAAAUUCACUAUUUCUUGUGAGUGUAGAUGCUCUAAUAGAAGCUGCAUUCCUUCUGUUACAUUGUACCAUUUUAAUACAAGUUGCAGCUUGUAAUACAGAUUUUACAGUAUAUAUUUUGAACGUGUCAUUUGUUGCUAUUGUUUGUUACACAUUGACUACCACAGCACCAAGCAUAUCAGAAAUAGAUUUGGUGCUGUGGACAUUUUUAUUGCACGCUUACUUUAACAGUGCAUAAUCAUGGCCAUCUUAAUUUCAAUUUGUUUUGUUACUAAUAUGUUAUUGACCAAUUCAUAGAGGCUGAUGUGCAUACUUUGUGUUAUAGACUGAAAAUCACUUUAUUAUUAUACCUCACAAUUUUCUGGCAUAUGUUUGAAUUCUGAUCCCUAAUUGCUAUCAUUUUUAUGUCUUCUACAGUUUUUAUUGUGGCAUAUAAAUCAUGUCAACUAUUCCCAUUAUUGAAUUUGAACUUCAUCACUCUAUUUUGAGAAAAUCUAAAUUGAACAGAAAAUUAUUUUUCAACUUCAGUAUAUUGCUCUGGGCUGUAUAUUGCAGCACAAGAAAUGUAACCUUUCUGAUAAGGCCAAAGUGGGUGGGUUCACCAGGAACAUGACUCAAAUGAUAUAAAUCACUGUUUUUAUAGUAUACAUGUAUCUGUUGGGUUGUAUAAUUGUAAAUAGACAUAAUUUCUCAUUCGGGUUUUACUUUUCACUUGGGUGUUUACAGAGCCAACCCAUGAAUACAUGUGUAUCAGUCAGUAGGCAAUUUGGUGUAGUUUAUUGAUAAGUUUUACUGGUUAGUCAAGUAGCUUCCUACCAGGAAUGCAAAAAAUGGAGAAAUACAUGCAAUUUUAUAAGACAUGAAUGGUCAAAUUCCCCCCCCCCCCCAAGAGACACUCGCUACAUUCAAAUCAGAAGUUUUCUAUGUCUACUCAGAAUAUCAAUACACACAAGUCACAAUAAUUCAUGCCUUUAUAAGUUUGAGUGUAUUACUUGAUAUAAUUUUAGAAGAGUUGAUAUUGCUGUGAGAUAUUUACUAGGUUUUAAAAUGGUUUAGGAAAAAAAAUAUAUAAAGUUAACAUUGCAUAUACACUGGGUUUUCCUUUAAAUAUUACCAAAUUUCAAUGCUUGUUGCAGUUGUAGCCCAAAACUAUGAAGAACACUGAUCUGUAUUUGACCUUAUUAUUUUUAUUGACAAUCAGAUUUGUAUGUUCAGAGAAAAUGAGCAGAUUUAUUCCCGAUUUGAUUCAAUAAUGACUCCCUCCCUCCCUUUCCCCCUCCUUUCCCCCUCCCAGGGUUUGGGUGAAACAUGAAUGGAAACUUGUAAUUCCAGUAUACAGCAUUUUUAACUGACAAAGAAACAUUCCCUUUUCUUGAAUAUUUAAUCUUAACAUUUACUUUUUUUUUUCUCUUGCAAUUUGCCCAUAUUUAUGUGGAUUUGUAGUUUACAAUGUAUUUAUGUCAUGCGUGUUCUUGUACAGUUAUACAUUGAUUACCACUUACCAGUGGUCAGUGAUUUGAUUAUGUGAUACCCAAGUUUUACCCUUUCAGUUUGUUCCUGUAUUUGUGCAUAGUACAUUUAGGUUGAAUCAUCCCUGAGCAUCUGCUUUUCUGAAAUGCUAGGUACUUACCAGUGUUUAGUUCUGAUUUCUAAAUGUGUACAUGUCGCCAUACUGUUGGAGCACACUGUUGCUCUGUCAUCCUUGCUUGGCAUGAUCCUUUCAAUUCUUUUACGCAAUGUCUGUCACCUUCUACACAUGUACAAAGUGGAGUUCUAUUUAAAGCGAAGGGGGUCAUCACUUGCGCGCACACAGGAAUUGAGUGCCAAACGAGGAUACUACCGGUAACACAUGCUAAAAAUGCAAAGGAUCAUGGGUAGAUGCGCAUUUGUAAACAGUGACACACUAUGGUCAAUUGCCGCAUGCGCAGGUCACGACUCCCCUCGCUUUAUUAUCUGCUUCAACAGCAUAAAAAAACAAAGCAAUGUCACAUCACUGAUAGCCCAAAAUAGUUGUUAAAUUGAAGAACAUUAGACAAUUUGCGGUAACUUGGGCUGGUGUUCUCUAGAAUAUUGCUUUAGAAUUUAUGAAAAAGUGUUGUCUGACAUUGUCACCUUUGCUCUUGAAUUUUGAAAGUUUUUUCUCUAGCAUGUUAAAUUUGAUUCCAUUUCCUGCGAAUAACACUCUGGUAUACAUUAAGGCUAAACUGAAAUAGAAAAAAAAGUUUAACUGCAUACUUCAUAAAAAUCAUGUUUACCCAGCGAUUUUUUUUUUUUUUUUUAUUCACAUAUAAAUGCUAUGUCAUUUCAUUGAAAAGUACCCGUAUAUACAAUUGUUCAUUUUAUCGUAUUAAAAUUGAGUUUGAAAAAAACACACAACAAAUGUUUUCAAUUCACUGUUCCAGGCACUGUUCUACAAAUCUUUUUUUUGUCCCCUUCCUCAGGGAAAAUCUUUGCAGUCAUUGUGCUGCGGAAUAAUUUGAUUGAGUUUUGAAACUAGAUUGUAACCAUCAUUUGAUGAGAAUAUGUGUCAUCUGCAAUGAAUUGAAUCUACCCCCCCCCCCUAAAUCUUGUUAAUUCAAGGCAAUAAUCUUAUUACAAGUACUUUAGUAAUAGAUUUGUUUUCUUUAAAUCAGCAACUUACUUAGAUUUAUUACAAAAACUAGUGUUCAUCACAUAUAAAAGAUCUGUGACUUGGUAAGAAUUGUUAUUGCUGCUGCUGCCUUUGUUGACAAAUUUGGGAAAAUGAUAUAUACUCAGUGAAAUAUUGGAUUUAACCAUGGUUCAUUCAUAGCUAGAAUACAUCUGAUUUCAAUUGUGGCCAGGACUCAAACAAACUGUUUUUGUUACAUUAGGUUACCAAUAGCCUGUGAAAGAGACUUUUCUGUUUCAUGUCGUAACGUAACACGACUCCUUUGACAGGCAUGUACGAGUGAUUAUAUAAGUAUAUCUAGCAUGAACGAUCAUAAAAUAAUCAGAACACGUCUUGUAAUUUCAGCACCUCACGAGCAUUUAAGAUAUAACUGUCACGAAAACUUUGAGACCUAUUCCAUCCAUUACUAACUUGUUUGAUUGAUUAAUUAUUCCCACUGUUUUGUUAUUAUUGAUAUUCACCCAUAUGCUAUACUACAGUGGGUUAGUCAUUGUGCGUUUAUGUAUAACCACCUGUGAUAUUUUACAUUCUAACAUGUGUGUUCCCCUUCCAUAUAAAACUAAAUAUUAUAAAUGAAAAUUUAAUUUACUUGUAUAUAUGCAAGAGUCUUGAACCCAAGUCUAUGCUGCUCAUACAUUUUGUGUAUAAUGAAAUUUACUGUGGUAAUAUGUGCAUGUAAACAAAUUUGUAUGUGUAGAGAAAAAAAACGAUUCAAUAUAAUACAUUUUUCCUUUG